AUGGUGUCAGCGGUGAGGGCAUUGCACUGUGAAGAGAAGCAGUAUCCAUCGAAGGAGGACCUCGUAGCCAUGGCCAAACGCCUGGUGAUCUACUAUCCCAUGCUCUCUGAUAAGCUCGACAUACAGCGUCCAUGGAUUGAAGUCUACAAACGACUGCAAAAGAGAAUCCACAAUGUUCGAUCACUGAAGAAAAGCCAGGGUGGCACUCCUGCAAGGGGGAAGAGAAAACGAAAACUGAAAUAUACGGAUGCCGAUGACACUGAUGAUUCCACCACAUCUACCAUUCUCUAUACGGCAAGCCCCAGCAGCACCCCUAGCACCCCUGAGGUCCACACUCCGCCCUCCACUCUCCCUGAGGUCCACACCCCAUCAACAAGCACUCCAGUGAAAUAUGCAGCUGUUGGACACGACAGUAGGAUGGCUCAGGCUAGGCACUACAGACAUCUUCAAGAGAUGUGCCGGAAGAAUAAGCAAAACCAAGACGAUGUCUCACAGCUCCUUGAACUUGAAUUUGAGGGAAGAAGGCAGUUCAUCGAUUCGGAGACCCUCAAGGAAGCCGACAGACCUGGCAAAAUCCUUGAGGCCUACUCGUGCUUCAAGAACAUAGACCAUGUUCUUGAGGAGCUGAGACGAAUAGUGGCGAAGGACAACGUGCAUUAUGUGAAAGAGCUGAAGGAGCGCUGGGCAGACUACAGAACCAAACUCUCCUUUUAUGGUGUCUAUAAGAAGGUCCUGAAGCCACCGAUGGGACUACCUGCUGAUGAGCAAGCCAUUGACCUGAUCAUCUCCCUGCCAGAUAUGUUCCCUUCUGGUUAUUACCCCGCACCAAAGAAGAUGUCAUCUCCAUCAGAGGCACUCAUUCAUGUUCUGCGGCCCACAGAGGCCCCAGAAAUGUAUCUGAGAAGACGGCCACUAGCCACACCGUUCAUCCUGGUAGGAGAGGAGGACUGCUUCCUCUGCGCCGGAAAUGCCCCUGUUGUGUCCUUUGGUAGGAGCAGUCUUGCUGAGUCGGUCCUGUACGUCAUGGCGUACUACUACGCAUUUCACAUGACGUAUCCAAAAUGUGUGUCAUCGGUUCUGUUAUUCCUUCAGACCGAGGUCUUGGGUGAUGCGAUUCAUGAGAAAGACCAAACAGCAGCUUAUAAGCGAACCCAUUCAAACCCCCGCUUCCUACCAUCUUUCUCUCAAAUGUCCGUUCGAUCCGCAACAAGGUGGAUGUGA